UUACAGCUGUUUAAGGCCACUGCUAAAGCUAGCCGAAUGGCCGAAAUGUAAUCGAACAUUCUUGCAAUAUGCAGAAUUUUGUUUAGGUUUCCGCUAAUAAUAAUAACAACAAACAGAUGUGCAGGUCGUUUUCAGGUUUAUGACUCUGGUAUCCAGGAAUAAAUGCUACUCACCCGGUGAGAACCGGAUCCCAACGGCUGAUGGGCUUCAUGCUGUCCGUUGCUUUUUCAGGGGGAGCCCCGCCUGCAGCUAGCAUCGCCUGCUCCCACUCCACGCAUUGAAACAUGGAGGAUCCUGCUCCUAACAAUUGCCUCCCUGGCAACAUCAACCCCAACAUUUUUCCUGCCAAACUUUGGCGUUUGGUGAACAGAAACGGGGCCGUCCGCUGGGACAGCCGCGGCCAGGCGAUCGUCAUCGACCAGCAGCUCUUCGAGACACAGAUCUUGUCCCCGGGCUCCGGAACCUCCAGCGCCGCCGACCUCUUUAAGACCACCAACUUCUCCAGCUUCGUCCGCCAGCUCAAUCUCUACGGCUUUAAAAAAGUCGACCCGCCCGCCGGCCACCGAGAACCGGAAGGCAACAGGCUGUACCACCACUUCCACAACCCUAACUUCCAGCGAAGUUGCCCUCAUCUAUUGGAGAACCUGGUCAGGCUCACCGUGGACAACAAAGCCAAGCUGAAAUCCGGCCAGUACAUCAGCUCCCGCCUUCCCAACCGGUACCAGCGUUUAGGUUUCGGCAGGGACGAAAAGGACGUGGCUUCAAAAUUACGUGCAAGAUGCUCCUUGCCUCAGCAGCAGUCCCCAGCUCAUCCCUACCAUGCCAGCAGCACCCAGGCCAUGAGACCUCAGAGCAGAACCCAGGACCCACCACAAUACCUGCACAGGGGUCCCGCUGCAGCGUUCCCCCCUAAUCUACCUCUCGUCAAGGAGGGGCUGAUGCCUUCAAGUCACUACUGCACCGGAGUAGCCCCAAAAUCCAAAGCCCUGCAGGUUCAGCCGGCCUUCCUGCCUCAUCCCAACAAUGGGAACACGCGCGUCAGCAGUUUUAGUUCUCAGGAUCCCCAGCAUCAACCUGGCUACUAUCCCACAGUGUACCACUGCUUCCACCCGGACCUGGUUGCAGCAGACGUAGCAGGCCUUCAGACUGGCUUGUUCUCCCCCAGAAGUUAUUACCAGGCAGAAUGCCCUGUGACUGUGUUUGACCUCAACGGCAGCUUGCACAGUAUGGAAAGCCAGGGGGUGAGAAAAGCCGACGUUAACUUGGAUGUAGUUUUCCAGAUUGCAGAUGAGGUGAUGCAGACCUCACCCGGUGCCUGUCUGGUAAAAGUCGAGACCACAGAGAAACCUGCCUCUGUGCCAAAGCCUUCCUCUGACCCCAGUGUUGCCAUAUCAUGUGACAACAACGGCUGCGCUCCUGUAGUUACAUAUAAAGAGGAGGAGGAGCUUGUGGUUUCAGUACCUGAGCAAAUGGCUGAAGACGCUAUAUAUGAGGUUCCCUUUGAUCUAGACAAUGAAAUCACAAGUGUUGUGGUGAGCAACUCAGUUGAAGAUUCCAGUCGGGAUUAAGAUGAGCAGCACAGCACAAGUGACCCAUUCUGGUUCUUAGAUCUCGGCUGACUGAUUCCUUCAGCAGGCGGCAAGAAGUACCGGCUUAGUCCACAAUGUGCCUUCAGUCUCCACCCCGAUGAGUCCUUCCUGGGGAUAAAAUGUUGUAUUGUUGACAUCAAUUAUUUAAAUUUAUAUAUUUAUUUUUUUGUGAUUGUGCAGUUGUGCUUUCUUCUAUUGUGACUACAAUAAUUUAACCAACUGUUAUAUGUUUCUUUUGAACCAAUUUAAAUUUCAUCCGAACUGCUGUACAUGUUUUUAAACACUGCAAUUUCUCACAUGUAAACCUUGGAAUUGAUUUUCAUGAAUUGUAAGGCAAAACACAACUCAGAUGUUUCAACUGACAUUUUUUUAACAUUUAAGACAACAGUGUUGUGUGUUAUAGCAGGUUAAAACAUAACCUCUGUAGCAGUAGAUUUAUUAUUAAAAUGCUUUUUUUUCUUUACGUCACUAGAAUAUUUGGUAAAAUUGUAAAGGUUUCUUGAUCACUUAGAAGUGGCGACUGGUGUAGACUGCUUCAGUCAUCUUUUGUUUUUCAUUUUCUCCUCUUGUCUGAAACAUUUUUUUUUAAACCUGUUAAUGUCACGAUUUUUAGAGCCCAGUUCUUAUUAAAACAAAGUAUACUU